AUGGAACUACCUACGUUCUCUGGCGAUUCCACGGAGUGGAUCGGGUUUUUCGACGCGUUCUCCUCGCUGAUCGACAAUAAUCCGGCCUUAUCGGACGGGCAAAAGCUGCACUAUCUUCGAAGUUGUCUAAAGGGUGAAGCAUUGAGAAUCAUCAGUGGCUUCCAAAUUAGUGAUGCAAAUCACAAAGAGGCAUGGGACCUUCUUAAGGCUCGUUAUAAGGUGUUGCGCGUUAUUGUCGAAGUACACAUUAGAGCUAUGUCGGAAAUAAAGAGGGCUACAAGUGAUUCUGCUGAUGCAAUAAAAGGUGUAAUUGACGCAUUCCAGCAGUCCAUUCGCGAGCUCAAAGCACUAGGGCGUCCUGUCGAGUUUUGGGACGACUGGUUGGUUCAUGAGGUAGUUAGCAAAUUGGCAUUCGAAACAAGGAAGCAAUGGGAGCUAUCACUCGAAAGUGAUGAGCCGCCGACUUUCGAGCAACUUACGACGUUUUUAGAGAUACGGUGCCGAUCGCUAUCGAUGCUUUCCUCGACCACAAGCACAGUGCUAACUAAAGGGAGAAUGACCUCAGUAGGUAAAACAGCGAAUGUAUUCCAUGCGAUGCAAGAGCAUAAUGCAGACUGUACUUAUUGUAGCGGCCCCCAUAAAAUUUAUAGUUGCGACAAAUUUCGAAGUUUAGACGUAAAUGCAAAAUCAAAGUUCGUAAAGGAAUCACGAGUGUGUGUGAACUGCUUAAGUCCGGGUCACUUUAAGGCUAAGUGUAACAGUGCAUCUGCAUGUAGGGUAUGUAGCCAACGCCACCACACGCUGUUGCAUAGUGUUUGUUUUGUGAACAAUGCCACAACCACUGCUCAUUUUGUUGACGAUACGUCUCAUGUGCCCCCGCAUCCUGUCGCCGUCGAUGCCGCACCAAACGCGAACGAAAAUGUUUCAUCCGCUGUUAGUCCUCCAACGGACCCCGCCGCUGUACGUGUUUCACCAUGCCUGAAUUCCAGCUCCAAUCCGCCGUAA